GCGGCGGAACCACUGAACCGGGUGUUGUAAAAAUUUUCAUGUGUUUGUACUUAAAAUAUAGAUAGUUAUUCCGCCAGAAUUAGUACUGUGCAAUCGGAAAGCAUCCCCAAUCCAGGAUGGCGACCGACAUUUGUCUGGAGUUUGUAGAUUCGGUCACGUACACCGGCGAGCUACACGCCACACGAACAACGGACCCGGAGGAAGGAAAAGGCGGAGUAUUAGAACGAAAUGGGCUUGUUUGGUACGCCCGUGGGAGCCUGUUCGAGGUGUUCCGCAACAAUUCCGACUUUAAGGUCAUUCAUUGGUGCUUUGAUGAUUGCGCAAAACGAGCAAGAAACUCUAAAUCGUGUACAGUUGAAUGUGUGGAGGAAUUGGUGGCAUUCGGGAAACUACUACUUGCCGUCGGGAUACGGCUUGGGCCCGAGCAAACACAGAUUGUGCUGCUAGCUCCGGAAGGAUACUACGAAGUGGGUAGCAUCAAUUUACAGGAAGCGGUGAACAUAAUAAGAUUCAUCGACCCGAGCUCCUGUUCGAUAGGCUUGCUGAAGCAAUACUCUGGCUGCCUUGCCGUAGGAACAGUUGAUGGCAAGUUUAUCCUGGUGGAUCUCUGUCUGAAGCUCGCUGAAAAUGGCAACUUUGGCAGCAAAAUUGUGAUGAACGAUGAUGCCACCAAACAAUGUCACAUUGAGUUCAGUCGUGGAGAUCCGAAGCAAUUGGCAUGCAACCACGCAACGCUCAGAGAGCGUGGCCUCUACUUUGGGUUGCAGUUCAGUCACGAUGUGAAUGCGUCGGUUGAGUGCAUUCUAGACAUCCCUCCGCUCAAAGCGAGCUGCGUAGGCUUUGCCGAUGGAACCAUAUUCAUCGUGGAUUUGGUCGAUCAGUCGCUGAUGCAUCGGAUUCUUCCGCCCACGGAAGACUGUCCCGUGAGUGCGAUGAACUUUCUUGAGCCAAGCGACGAUCCCGAGGCGUGCCUGUACUUGUGGGUGUUCUACGACCACGCAGAUGGUGCAUUUGCCACCCUGUACAUGAUCAUGUGUGAGGAGAAAUACAUGCAGGACGAGCUUUCCGUUUACGACCAAUUCCAGUCGUGUUCUGUGCGGUUAAAUCUGCUCAGCUACGAUCCGGGCAGUAUUCCACUGCAUGUACAGAGCAUUACAGAACGCAUAGGAGAUGAGGAGCUGGUCACAUUGAGCGUACUAAGCUGGCUAGGAUCGGAUCAGACAACGACGACGGUGCUGGUGUUCGAUUUGAACCAAUGGUACAAGGCGGAAAUGCCUUUCGAGUGUGAUUGGCAAGAUGAACUGACCUACCUGGUCGCGUUUCAAUUGAAGGAGUCAAGCAUCUGUGCGCGGUUGGAUGAGGGUUCAUUUAGGCCUUUCCAUUCGGCCCAUCGUCCGGAGGAGCAUUUUUAUCCGAACUCGCUGGAAUUUGAUGUUAUAAACUACAACGGCUUCAAUCGUACGCGGCACCACUGGGUGGGACUACAGAGAAAAUUGCUGCGGUAUCUCAAUCUGGACGGGGCAAAUGGUGUCCUCGAGCCGACGGAAUUAUACCAGGCUCUUAAUCGGGCCGCCUUGAUGCCUCUGUUCUAUGACCCGCUACCAUGCGAAGAAAUGUCCGCGAAAGACCAACGGGAGUUCGUCCUAUCACUUGGUUUGGAGUACCAGUGUUACACAUUUCUGCAAAGCUGUGCAAAUCUUUGGGCCGACGGCAGUUACCUCGGAUCGGAUCCGGUGCACGGUGUCUCGCUGUCGACACUAACCGAUUGGAUUUGGAACCGAUCGGCAGUCUUGAAGGAGGUCAGCAAUAAAAUGCUAGCGCCACUGUUGGAUUCUUCCGGACCGCGGAUGGAUUCUCAUACGUCCGGUAAUCUUUCCCGCUGCACGGAACAGAUGAAGCGACUCGCGAAAUUCUACGCGACAAUACUUUCCGAUUGCAAGAAGGUCAUACCGAAAAAUGUGAUGGAAAAACUGAGAAAAGAAUGUUCGUCAAUUGCCGUCGCGGCCAAGUAUUUGGACGUUGUACUGUGGCUCCUACUACUCGAAGUUCUUCCGGAGGUUCCGGAAUCAGCGAUGGGUGCGUCGGACAAAGAUUCGGACGACGACACAAGUCAACCAAGCGAAGCACUGCGUGUGCCGUACCCUUACACAAAGCUCUCCGAGUUCUACCGUAACCGGCGCAGCAGCACCUUGCAAAGUAAUCUCAACGCGGGGACGUUGGACGCCUCUUCGGGCUGCAAGAAUCUGCUCUACAUCGACAAUUUAAUUGAGCGCGAGUUUGAUACGGACUCCAUUCGGAAGGUUUGGUUCGACGAGGAAGACUUCGCAAAUACGGCCGCCCCGUUGUAUCCACCGGAAUCGCUACAAAAAGCACUACGUGUGCUGCUUAUCCCAGAAACGGCCAUGCAACAGAAGCUUGUGUUGCUUUCGUAUCUUUUCAUGGAUAUUGUUGCGUUGCUGGACAGCGAAAGGUAUGCCGACAUAUUUAAAGAGUGGAAAAAUUUUCCAAGUAUUUUUAAUUUGAGCCCAGCUGCUGUGCAGCGUGUUCAAGCUUUUUGGCACCUGGAUCAUGGGGAUGUGGAGACCUCGGUUAAACAGUUCCUUACUCCAGCGUCCAACAAAGAUGAUUACCCAAAAUGGCACCGAGAGCUUGCUGUGUCCAUGUUGUUGAAUCUAAACGCACCGAAACACGCGCUGGUGCUGUUGCGAGGCCAGGGCUAUCACAUUUCACCUCAGCUGGAACUGACAGCGCUCGUCAAAAAUGGACUAAUCGCCGAUGCCUACAAUUUGCAGCGUGGUCAACCUCAACCAGAUGGUAUGGUUUGGUUCGUGGAGACCAUUCUGAACGAAGGCAAGCCGAAGGCGUUGCUCGAGUUUGACUAUACCGACGAAGAGAAAUUCGUCUUGCGCAGCUACUUGCGCGAUGCGCCAGUGCCCAGGUGCGACAGCUUACUGUUCGGUCAUCUGCUGGACCACGCAGAGUUUGUGGAAGCCGUGCAACACGUCGAUCGGUUGACCCGGAAGCGCAACAAUGGCAUGGAACCGUACCGCGAUAUUUUGUCCCUGUACCACAAGUCACUGGAUCCAACGAGCCAACGGUUGGCCUAUCUGACGUACACCGAGCCGAAGGAGCUAGAACCACGCCUAGCAACGCCAACGUCGACCGGAGAGAACCCGUCGGUAGAUUCACUGAGCGCACGGCUCAUCCGCAGCCGGGCCGAUUUUCGCGUUCGCAUACUUCACCAAUCGAUCGUGGCCGUCAAGGAAGCGGCAGAAGUGUCCGGUUUACUGCACGACCGGCCGUUCCUCGAUAAGCCCGACCUCGGAAUGUUCCACCAUCGUCCGAUGGUGCACAGCCGCAACGUGAGCUAUCCGGUGAUGGUGGAGGAGCAUCGGUCGAAAAACAAGCGCCAACGUCAAGAGUGUGACGCUUCGUACGAUGACGGCAAGUAUGAGGAUCGUUGGCAGAAGCAGCGCCCACUGCUCGAAGAGGACAUCUGCGCAAACCCUUGCAAAAGGCGAAACCUCGGGUCGGAUUACAAUGCGCCUGCGACGACCGGUAUGGAUAGAAAGUACCUUAGCUUCGAUACGCCCGUACCGGUCAUCCCACAGUUUCGUCCGAUGGUUCCGAAAUUUAACUUUUCCGUCCCCAGCUCACUUAUGUCGGAGGUUGGCGAGCGAGAUAGUGGGGAAUCCGGGAAAUUCACCAGUCAUUCGCCUAGCAUUUUCCUCCAAACGCCGCCACUGUUUAAGAAAAAAGAACCGGAGUUUCCUGUACCCGAGGAUGCGGAUACUUUCACCCCUCCGGGCAUUUUGAAAUCCAGCCUAUCCAGUCAAGGCAUUGCAGCGGAUAGUUCCGAGGAGAAGGUGCUACGGUUCGACCUGCCUCCGGGCGUGACAGUGGAUAGUUCUUACAUCGAUGAAACGACGGUGGCGGAGGACGAGCAGGGGACGACAAUUGAAACGAUGCUACAGCCCGAGCCAAGACCAAACACUCCACAACGGCGGGAUCUCGACCUGUCGGGCAUCUCGAACGAUGACUUCUAUUCGCCGGAAGCAACAAUAGAUGACAACAGUCUGCAACAGUUGCUUUCCUCCGGUGGUCCAUCGCGCCGCCGUGCUCUGCAUCAUCGUACGGCCACUCCGACCGGGCUUGGCGGUCUAGCAACCGAAAAUGUUGCGAUCAUCAUCGAAGAUCAAGUCGGUGAAGAGUGCUCGAAAACGUCUGUGUUUGGUCAUCGUCAGGAUGCAGAGGAGCCGGAGGAGUGUACUCCUAUGGAAGUGGACGAUGAAAAGGAAAUUGCGCUGGAGGAAAAUUACGCGGUGCAUGCAACGGCUGCUGCCAGUGACGAGGAAGAGAACGUACCCGAUGCAACAAUCGAAGGGGAUGAAAUCGUUCAAGUGGAGGACGUUACGACUCAUGAAGUUGAUGAAUCGAACGUGAAUGACGGCUUAUGUAUGGAAACAUCGGCGGUGGAAGUAGAGGAGUCUAUUAUGCAACAGCAGGUACAAUGGAACGAAGAAGCUGAUUACGAAAUUAUGGAAGACGAUGAAGAAAUAGAAGAAGAAGACGUUGAAGGCAGCGAAGUGAUCACGGAUCAAGGGGAAGAUGACUGGAGGGUGGUCGAUCUUGAUGCAGAGGAGGAAGCUUCGGUGGAGGAUGAUCUAGGGGAAUACGAUGGCGAAGAAGAAGAUGAGGACGGAGGUUCCUAUGAAGAUCUGGAGGACGGAUUGCUCAAUGGCGAACUCGAUAACAGUGCGGAGGAAGGCGAUGAUGAUUCAGUCGAUUCAUCAAGCGUUCUGGAAGUGAUCGAUUUGAGCGACGAGGGCAAUCCCAAUACUUCGUCGUCCUCCAGUUCUUCAUCUUCAUCGUCCAGUGACCAGGGUGGCGCCGAGCAUGCUCAAGUAAAUACGAUCGAUCCCGUAGCUAACGAACCCCCGCAACAACAACCGGCGGAGUCUGUCGAGCCUUCCGUUGGUUCCGUGGAUUUACAACAGCAAAUACUGUACGCAGAGUUGUACUCUGAUGCCGUUCCGAGGGUUAUAUACCAUCAAGUGCAUAUUGAGGGCGAGGAGGAUGAGGAAGAGAAGGAAGAAGAUGGAGGAGAACAACUGCAACGCCAUGAAGGUGAUACUCAAGAAGGACAAGCGUCGCGUGACAUUCAGGUGCCUACGACUUCCUCCUCCACGCAUCGUACCGAAGCUUCGGGACUGGCCGAUUCGUCCGAUGAGGAUGAGGUGUCGGAGGUGAAAGAUUUAUCGGUCAUCGGUCAGAACAUAGCAGAGGUUGCCGACAGCUCCAUGGCGUCCGUUAGUGGUGGUGGUGCGUUGCGUGAUCUUUCCGUAGCAGCAGACCAGUGGGAAGAUGGUGUGGCCAGUACGAGUGGAAACGAGGAAGUUGUCGCCCGAGUAGUGGCUCCUUCUAGCUCGGGCACGACGGCAGCGGCGACGGUCACCGCUACCAGUGCACAACCACAAACGCAGGCCACACAGCAGCAAACGUUUGGGCAGCCGAAAAACGCGCACGAGGUGGAAGUGCCAGCCAUGAACCUAUCGGUCAAGCCGGACGAAGCGCAUGGUUCAAGCCGAAAGAACAGCAAAGGCGAAGAGAACGGACUAAGUGAGGAAGCACGUGCCCUGAAUCUAUCGGCAGGCCAGCAGCAGGAAUUGGCGGCCCAAAUGGCACGCGCGGAAGCGGGAAUCAACGUGAGCGGUAUUAACGACCGGGAGGGCGAAGUGGAGGUAUCCAAUGUCGAUCAUGAUGAGCCCCAGUCGUCAGAUGAGCUUAAAGCGGAUGACAAAACAGCCUGCAGCAGUGAAGAGAAACCGCGCGAAAACGAACCACAUUCUUCGGAUCAAACGGAAGCGGCCAGCACCAACGAGGAAGAAAAACGUACCGUAGAAGCGCGAGAAGAUGAGCCCCAUUCUUCCGACGACGGGAAACAGGUUAAUGAGGAGGAAAGGAUGGAUUUAACACUGCACGUUUCAGAUGAGGAAGAUGCGAGCGAAAUGCAAACACCACCACAAACGGCGCGACCAAGUUCGACGGCUGGAGAGCUCCGUGUUGUGAUUGAGGAUGUGAGAUUAUCACUCAAACGUUCGAAAGAGACUUUGCUGCAGCAGGAAGAAGCAGCGUCUACCUCGAGCCCACGUGCAAACGUCAAGACACGGUUGAUGAUGGCGAUGGAAAAAUCGUCCGGUAUGACGCCCUCGGCAUCGCUCGCAACACCAACAACAACACGAGGCCGCUCGGGGCGGUCCACUUCGGUCGUGCAUGAGACCACCAACACGCCGAUCACGUCGGCCCUCUCGCGCAGCCGGCGGUACGCUUCGAUGGACAAUGUAUCGGAGGCCACACCCGAUCCAACGCUCCCACUAACACCACGCCGUUCCACACGCCGCGCCUCAUCGCUUGCGAAGGAACUGUUUGCCGGUGGUACGCCUCAAAAACGAACUCGUCGCCAAUCGCAGUCCUCGGUAGAGAGUGUGGACCGACGUGGAGAUGCCACCGCGACUAGUCCGACGGAUGCAGCGAUGGAGCCACCGGAACCGUCAGAGAAAUCUUUCGCCAGCUCCACAGCCAGUAGCGCCCGGCGGAGCACGCGGGGCCGAAAGCCAAGAGCUACUUCUGAACUUCCGGGUACAUCCGGGGGAAGUGAUGCACCACUGCUGGCGGACUAUUCGUCCAACCGACGGCUCACUCGACAUCAGUUGGCGGUAAUGGAAAAAUCGAUGGAAAUCUCCUCGCGAAGCCAGCCGAGGAUGGAGCGAGGUACGAGUAGUAACAAGCUCGAUGUAUCGGUGGACACCGCCGGUGGAGAUAGUGAGGGCGAGUCGGUCGUUUCGAACGUAAGCAAUCAGUCGUCCCUACGCUCGACCCGAUCACGCACGACUCGUGCUGCGACGAGGCGCAGUUCAGUCGAAACCCGCUCGAACCGGGGUGGCAGUGUGAAAGACAGUUCCGCCAGUCAAACAACCCACAAUCCUCCGGCUGGGGCGAGUGAGUUAGACUCCGACUCGGACCAUUCGAUGGUGCACGGUAGCCAGCGGACUGCGCACGGAUUGGAACCGAUCGCGGAAGAAGGCGAUGAAACCCGCUCCGAAACCGGCAAAAAACGUCGUGGAAGGCCGCCAAAAAACAGCAAGUAAAUGGUUGUUGGGUGCGUCGAAGACAGGAAGGAAACUAACAAGAUUCCUCCGACAAGGAAACUGGAGUGGCUGGUUUUGUUCUUCAUACUGAUAUAUUUUUCAUCAUCUCUGGACUCUAUUGCCCCAGUUAUGAAGUCGUCGAUGUUCAUGUUUAAUCUAAGUAACUGUACUCUUAAAUAUAAAAGCAUGGGAGUGAGUUGAUUUGUUUGUUGAAAGAGA